ACGUUUGUUCUGGCCGGCUGUUAGCCUGCAUAUGGAUGGGCUAAAACCUAAUGGAAUAGAGGUGGUUAACGUAGCCGCCAGCGGGGAAAGAAUCCCAAUACACGAAACCUUUUGGAAACAUUUUGCAAUUUCUUUUCUCUUUUCCCGGCACAGCGCACAUCGCACAGCACAUCGCAGCACCCUGCAACCACAACCUUGUCCUUAUUCCUUAAAAAUUCAUAAUUAAAAUUAAGAAAACAUAAAGGGCACGUGUUGCCGUUUACACGCCCACACCAAUAAUUCUCUUCUCUCUUCCCCAAAAGAAAAAGAGAAAACCCAACGUCUCUUCUUCUCUUCCUUUCCCGUCUCUAGGGUUCCCGAACCUCCCCAAAUCAACUCCUCCGAACCUCAAUGGAGGUUGGGGUCUCCGAUCCGAACCCGGUUCGAGUGAAGAGGAAGACCCUUCAGGCCGUGCUUGAACAGUGUCAGAGAGCCCUUGAACUCAUCAAUGCUUCCGAUGAAGAAGACGAUUCCGAUUCCCCUUCUACGCCACCCGAUCCUGAAACUGACCAGUUGUGUGACCUGCUCAAGUCUAGAGUUGAAUGCCCUGAUUUCCUUGAAAAGUUGGAGUAUGCGCAGGCGUCGGUUAUGCAGGACAUGGCUGAAGAGGGUAAUUCUUGGGAUUUUGUUAGUGAAAAUGAUCUUUGGGAAGGUGACGAAGCGGACUUAGAGCAAGAAGAUUAUGUCCUUGUUAGACAAGAAGAUAUAGUGGAGGGAAUUGCUUGCUUCAUGGCUGCAUAUUUGUUAUCCCUUAAGCAAACCAAGGAUUUGACCCCAAAUCAACUCCAGGAUGCUCUCAGCAAGACAUUUUCUGUGAAAAAGAAAAAAGGAAAGCUUCAAAAGGCAUGGGAUGGAAGCAGAGUUAUUUAUAAUGUUGCAUCAUGGGGGGCUACAGCCAUUGGGAUAUAUCAAAAUCCUGUUAUCGUAAGGGCUGCUACUAAAGCAUUCUGGACUUCUUGUCAAGUUAUAUCGAAGCUACUCUGAUUUGGCAAGGCAGCUUGGAGAAAAGCUGCGAUGUAGUAAUUUGACUGUUGUGCUUUUGCUUUUGCUGCAAUUCAGCUUGGUUUUCCUCACUCCCCGUUUGAUGUAAAAUUCAUUUUGUUUGCACCACAGAUCAAUUGAUCUUAAUGUAGUUUGAUCAUGUAAAUAUCUUUAUUCAAAUGUUCCGAGUGCAAUUCAAAUUCUUAUUCACAACUCUGGCUAAAACAUGACCUUCUUCCUUUUUACCAACAAUCUCAACACAAUCUGCCAUAUGGCGCUCUGUCAUCUGAUUUCCUUUUCUAAAAUAACCACAUCCAGUCGACAGAAAAAAUAGAAAACCACAUAUGGACUUUUCUUUAGUCCACACUAUAGGUACGCUCUACUAGAUGUAAUCCUGUGAAUAUUAUUAUGUAGCUGUGAAUGCUGGAUUCUAAAAGAAUAACGAGAGAAAAAAGUGGAAGAAAUAAAAAUGUUAGAUGGCUCGUAAAGUUUG